AUGAUUGGUGGGUGCAGUGGGGACUCAACCGUCAAAAGCAUGCACCUGUGGACGGAUAUCUUGACCAUGAACCAGGACAAACAAGAGUGUUUCAUCAGCCGGAUCUUGAUGCUCCAUGAGAUUGCCACCAAGCAGGGUGGCCGCGCCAAAGUCCCUCGACUUUCUUUGAAUGAAUGGAACAGUGUAGCGGACCAGUUCUGUUUCUUGGGGCAUUGUUUGAAUUACAUGGCGAUGAAAAUGGAUUCCCAUGGCAACCGCAUGUUCAACGACGCCUUGCUGACUGGCAUUCUGAAGCGCGUUGUCGAGGGGGACUAUCUCUCUGACGCUGACACUGCUCUUGCUGCUUUGGACCCCCAAUUUGAUGUCGAGGAGACCUCCAUGUUCAAAGAGCACAAGCCCGAAGAGGUGGACCAUGUUAAACAGAGAGUGGCCCACGUGGAUGCCCAAAUGACGCUUCUUAACCAAGACGCUCGCAAAGCUCAGUUUGAGGCCGACUGCUUGGCCCUUGCUCGUGACCUCGCACAGGUUGGAAGCAUCUACCAGCAGGUGGAGAAGAACGAUCGUGGAAGGAGACAUGAGAAAGUGGCCCAUUUGAGGGCGCAGAAUGUGAUCGGAGCCAGCAUUGUGAAUGAGUUCAUGCUGGCAAAUCUAGCUGUUCACUCUGGCGUUGUCAAGGACCAGUUGGAAAUCGUGACUCAGUUUCUCCAGCGAUUCCCUGAUCUGCCCUGCAUCAUAUGGUGUGAUCUUAUGAAGUGUGGCCGGAUGACAGCCACCGAGAUGGAUGAGUUCACCACCGUUAUCAACCAUGUCUUGCACACCCGGUACAAGGCCUCCGCAGCAGUGGUCAUAGCACCAUUCCUGGUAUCCGAGAAGCAUCAAGGGUACCGUGGUCAGGCUUGGGAAGCCAAGUUCGAUGCCAAAUCGUUCUUUAGUCAGAACAUUGCAGUGCGAUGCGGGCCUCCACCGGCCAAGUCCGACAAAGCCCGGGAUGACAACUGCUUCAACUCCUGCCAGCUCCUGUUGGACAGGGCUACCAGAGGGGAGGUCCCAUGGCCAGCAGAGUCCUCAUACGUGGUACCUGUGGCUGAACGAGACAGCCUUCCUCAUGCGAGUGAGGGGCCGAGGAGUCUGAGCGAAGUACAGGAGGUUGCCCAGUUCCUAUCGGGGGAAGCACUUCCAAGAAUUGUUCUGGGAUCCGUGCUGCAAAAAUCUAGCGCGGGCUCCAGUGGUUCAACUGUGGGUAUCAUCAACCUGACUCCGUAUGAUGCGUGGUUGGAGAAGACAUGCCACAAAGGAUUUGAUGGGAUCACCUUCAAAACGGUCUCCCUUUCCAAAAGCUUGCCAACUACUCAGUAUGUUGAGAAAACCUUGGCCUUGGACCUGCUGGAGGAGUGGAAAUCUGGCAAGUCAUCGAACUUUGCCAGUGCCAGGCCGUACGAAAAGGAGCCCCCGCCGCCGCCUCCAGGCCACGGUGAAGUUGACCCCACUGCGUAUCCUAUGAGGCUGGUGAAGCUGGACUUCGAUGUGAACCCGUCCAAGAAAGGAUGGGACAAAAUCAAGCUCAGCAUCCCACCAGCUACAAGAGGCAGGUAUGGGAAGGGGAAUGCAGCAGAGAUGCAAGCUGCUUUCAUUGCUAAGCAAGAGAAAGAUGCGCCCCCUCCCAUGAAGAUUGUUCCAUGGGAAGAGCCUAGUACCAUUGAGUUGCUCAUGGAUCGCUACGUCAUCGAAAACAAGAUCUCAGGGAGAUCACCGGGAACAACACUCAUUCUGGUGAACGCGAAACGUCGGGAUGGAACUCUGGACCAAGUAGGGCCUGAUCAACAAUUCAAGUUGUUUCUCGCCGCCCAUUGCAACGUCACCAUCGAUACAAAUGACUUUGUCAUCGCCCAUGGCUCCUCGAAGUGGGUCAAGAGCGAGAAGGUCGCCCAACUUCAACUCCAGAACAAGAAGAGUCAUCCUGGCAUUUUUGUGCAUUGUCACACUCUCAUUGCUUGCCUGCAUGCUGUAGUGCCCUAG